AUGGAAACACCGUCAAAAGAGGAACAGCGUGUUUUUAUUAAGUUUUGCGUUAAUCUUGGGAAAACGCCAACAGAAACUAAGCAACUUCUAAAACAGGCAAACAACGGACGUACUGUUAGUCGACCAUUGGUAUUUAGAUGGCAUAAAGAGUUUCGGGAUGGCAGAAAGUCAACAAAAGACAAGGAAAGGAGCGGUCGCCCAUCCGUCAUCGACGAUAAACUGACACUUGCAAGAAACGCGCUUCAGUGCGACCGUCGCAUAACAGUAAGAGAAGUUGCAGAAGUUUGUGAUGUAGGUACGGCAACUGCUCACAAAAUGUUAACUGAGACACUUGCAA